UAUCCCGUCGUCGUCAUUGUUGUGGUCUACCGUCGUGUCGUCCGCUGAAUAAAACAUGAGCGUGAGACGUCGAAAGCUGAGAACUGAAAAUGAAGAGGAGCGCGAUAAUGAAUUGGCAUCCUACCAGAAGAAAAUCACCAGUCAGCCUGGAAAGAAAUACUUCACCAUGCUACUAGUACUUGGUACAUUGUUCCUAGGUUACAUAGCCAUAGCGAAUGACUUAAAACCUAUCAGAAUAGGAAGUAAGGCUAUUGAUACCUUAGCAUUUUCAUUUAAUUUACAAAAACCGUUCUAUGUGGUUGUCAUCGACGCUGGAUCUACUGGUAGCCGUGUAUUAGCGUUUAGCUUUCACGAGUCCAUUCUCAAUGGCAAUUUAGUGCUUGAUAAUGAACUAUUCAAAGAAAUAAAACCUGGCUUGAGCUCGUUUGCCGACAAACCGGAGGAUGCCGCAAAGUCUCUAACUAUACUUCUGAACGAGGCGAAGGCGGUGAUUCCACAGUCAGAAUGGCCUCGUACGCUGCUGACGAUGAAGGCCACAGCAGGGCUGAGGUUGUUGCCAGAGCAUAAAGCCAAUGGCAUACUAGAGGAGUGCAGAAAGUUGUUUCAAACGUCCGGAUUCCAGAUCGCGAGAAAUUCUAUCUCCAUAAUGGAAGGCACAGAUGAGGGAAUCUUUUCCUGGUUUACCGUCAAUUUCUUAUUGGAUCGCUUUAAUUCGCUCAGCUCUCAGACUACCGUAGCUGCGUUGGAUCUCGGUGGUGGUUCUACGCAAGUUACGUUUCAACCGGAUGGCGUCCAAACGAAAAAAUUAGAAAAACAUGUUUACUCCAUCAAUGUAUUCAAUCACAACAUGAGUCUGUACACGCACAGUUACUUAGGCAUGGGUCUAAUGGCCGCCAGAAAGGCGAUUUUGACUUAUGAUAUGAAUCUUGAGGAUACAAGUCUCAAAGUUCCCACAGAGAUACAUUCCGAGUGCAUCAAUCCGAUCGUAUCUACCGAAUGGUCUUACCAAGGGCGUGAUUAUAUUGUAAAAGGCCCAACAAAUGGCACAUACAAACUAGUUAAAACACAAAAUUUUGCUGGCGGAGAUGAGAAUAAGCCGAUUGUACGCUUUGCGGAAUGUUUAAAGAUUAUUGAGAAAUAUGUUGGUACUCUCACAGAAAAACCAAUCGGUUUGAAGGAUCACGAAGUAUACGCUUUUUCGUACUACUUUGAACGUGCGACUGAGGUUGCAUUAAUAGAUCCAUUUUCGGGCGGAAUGGUGCAAUUGAAUUCAUUUUUUAAACAAGCCAUGGAGACAUGUGACUAUCCAAACACAGAUCAACCAUUCAUGUGCUUGGAUUUGACAUUUAUUUAUGUUCUGCUAAGAGAUGGAUUUGGCUUGGAACCGUCGACUAAACUGCAUCUUUAUAAGAAGAUCAAUGGUCAUGAAUUAAGUUGGGCAUUGGGAGCCGCGUUCAAUGUUCUCCAAAAUGGACUUUGACAUUUUAUUGUUCUAUUAUUGUUAGUUGAGUUUUAUUCUAAAUUUGUAAUUGAAAAGACAAAACGAAACAUGCAAUUAAAGAAAAAGGAACAUGUAAAAAUAAUUGUUCACGUUUUUUAUAUAAAAACUUUGGAUUUAAUGAAACAUAAUUACUGACGCUCACUGCAUAAUUGCCUAAUCGUACAAUUGUCUAUUCAAACAUUUCUAUUACAAUUUAAAGGAAAGCAGUUUGCUAUAUACUUUUAGGUAUGAGUAUAAUAUAUUUUUAUCUGAAAAUAUCACAUCUUACGAAAAACAUAUCGCCACAUAUUUGGGACAAUUCUUUAAAAUAUCUGUAAUUGUUUUAUUUCUAAGUAUAUUCAAUAAUUUUUUAUAAUUCAUUGUAUCCGAAUUUUAAUUUUUUGGAAGAUUAAAAUUCGAAUAUUUACAAUUGACGCAUUUGAUUGCAAUGACGCAACGAUGAAAUUGAUUCGCUUCAAUCAUUAGAUCUGUUUUCUAUGGCUGAACUAUACUUUGAAAUCUAAUGUAAGAUAGGUAUAUGUUUGAUAUUUGACGAAAGUGAAAAAGAGAGUUCUUAUACAAUUUAAUACAGAAAUAACAAACCUAUCAUAUAAAAUUAAUCAAAGUGCAAUUCAGUAACUGUAGAAAACAAUGAGAUUUCAUGAAUGUAUUCUUGCGGUGGCAUAUCUUUUACAGAAUCAAGUGAAACAGGAAAACUGUAUCUCUUGACAUAUCUCGAUGCACAAAAACUGCAAUUAUCUUAGUAAAUUUAGUACAAACAGAUUUAUCUCCGACACUAAAGUCUACUUAUUAAAAGAUGCCAAUGAUGUACAUAACAUUCGAUUUUUAUAUGCAUUGCAACGUUUUCUGAUAUUCCUCGAUAUCGCGUUCCUGAUAAUAAUUAAAAUAUCAUCCAGCAACAUGAUAUAACGAACUGUAUACACAUUACAUGUAUACAUAGCAAAUUGUUGCUAUAGUUCCAUAUGGUCAAACAUUCUACAUAUUAUUCUACAUACCAUAAAAGUCGAGACACACAAUUUGCGUGUAUAUAAUAUGUACAUAGUGCCUUUCAAAUGCUGUUUUUAAAUAAAGCGAAUAUGU